GUAUUAACUUGCCAGAAACAAGAAGACGACUUUGGUUAAAGAAAAGAGUAUUCUUUCUUACACCUCAAGUUCUAGCUAAUGAUCUGGUACGGAAUAUAUGCCCAGCAGCAAAUAUCAAAUGUCUUGUUGUUGAUGAAGCUCACAAAGCAUUAGGAAAUCAUGCUUACUGCCAAGUUGUUCAUGAAUUAUUAUCCUAUACUUCACAUUUCCGUGUUCUUGCCUUAACUGCUACACCUGGAAGUGACACACAAGCUGUUAAACAAGUGCUUUCUAAUCUUCUGAUUUCCCAUGUGGAAAUGCGUACGGAAGACAGUGAUGAUGUCAAACAAUAUACUCAAGCAAGAGAUAUUGAGAAGAUUGUUGUUCCCUUGGGUGACAAAUUAACAUCACUGAAAAGCAAAUUCUUGGAUAUUAUUAAUAUGUAUUUAAAAAGACUGAGUCAAAGGAAGGCUAUUACACCAAAAAAUCCAGCAUCUCUUUCAAAAUUCCAAGUGCUCAAAUUGCGAGAUGCCUUCAGUCAGCAUCCACCAAAGAACAUGGAUAAAUAUUCUUAUGGUUUAUGUUUAGCUGAUUUCUCACUUUGUAUUAGUCUGUAUCAUGCAUAUGAGCUGCUGAUGCUUCAUGGUGCGAGAUCAUUUUAUAAUUUUUUAACAGGUGUAGUAAAUGGUGAUAAAUCUAUACCACAUGCAAGAACCGAAUUGCAGAAAAAUGAAGACUUUGAUGAAAUGAUCAACAUUGUGAAAGAAAAUUAUAUUGCUGAUUCAGAUGAAAAUAAUGAUCAAAGAGUGGGAAAAAUAGUUUUACCUAGCCAUCCAAAGCUUGAAAAACUUCAAGAAGUGGUUUUAAAUCAUUUUAGAUCAUAUAAAGAUUCUGCCCAAGGUACAAGGGUUAUGGUGUUUUCACAGUAUAGGGACAGUGUCCAGGAAAUUGUAGAGAUGCUGAAUCGCCAUCAACCUAUGAUAAAAGCUAUGAGCUUUAUUGGUCAAGCAACCAAAUCUCUAUCAAAUGCUGGAUAUUCACAAAAGCAUCAGUUAAAGGUAAUAGCACAGUUUCGUUCUGGGGGUUACAAUACAUUGGUGUCAACAUGUGUAGGUGAAGAAGGACUUGAUAUAGGAGAAGUUGAUUUAAUUGUUUGUUAUGAUUGCCCAAAGUCACCAAUUCGGCUAAUUCAGCGUAUGGGCCGGACAGGAAGACUCAGAAAAGGACGAAUUAUUAUUUUAAUAGGAGAAGGGAAAGAAGAGCAAAUGUACAGUAGUUGUGAAUAUAAAAAAAAAUCAGUUAACCGAGCAAUAACAAAAGGAUUUUCAUUUGCUCAGUUUUAUCAGAAAAAGCCCAUCAUUAAUCCCUCCUGGAAUUACUCCUACUUGUGUGAUGACUAUGCUGUUCUACCUACUCCAGUACUCCAGAGAAAAUAUAAAGGUGAAGCUUUCUUAUCUAAAGAAGAAUUGACUGAAUAUAAUACUAAUUUUCGAGUAUCAACAAGUAAUGAAUGCUUAUUGCCCAAGUCAGAUUGUAUCUCAUUGAAAAAUCAAAAAUGCUUUCAGACUGAAAAGGAAGUCUCAACUGAAUUCAGCAAAGAUUCAUUAAAAACAAAACUCUCUCUUUCAAAAUGGACGCUUCUGCAAAUUGUACCUCAUAGAACACAUAAAAUUGAACAUUCUGAAGCAACAGAUGUUUUAGUAGACCUUAUGCAACGUGCUAUUUCUUCAGGUUUUGAAAUGUCUGUUAAUAAUGAAAACAAUCUAAAUUUCUUGAAACUUUCGCCACAAAAUAAUAUAAACAUUUUAGAAACCAGUGCAUUCAAAGGUGAUAUAAGUGGUUCAAAUGAUUUUAUUUUCAAUGAAUGUGAAGCAAAUGCAGUUGAAAUUAAUGAACCAAAAAAUUUGAUUAUAGAUCAUGUUGAAUUUAAUAAUAGUGAGAACUUUGAAGAGGAUUUUGGUGAGGCUUUUGAAUUUCUAGCUAAGUCAAAUAUAUCUUCCACCUGUGCAUCUGGCAAUAUAGACAAAAGUCCCUUAUUGAAAAGAUUGUUUGGUUUUGACUAUAAUGAAUCAUGUCUGAAGCAAUCAGUUUCUGUUUGCGUUUUACCACCACCUUCAUCAGCAACAAAUAUGUCAUUUAUCAGUGACCUUUCAAAUGUAAAAAUUAAUCAAUUUAUUCGUAAAGAAAAUAGAAAUUUAACAAAACUGCGUAUUUUAAAUAAGAAAAUGAAAGCUAAAUUGAUAAGGAAAACAAAAGAACUUAAAAGCACUCUUUCUGUUAAUGGAAAAUUUAGUACUUCUAUUAAAAAUCAGUUAAGUUGCAAUCUGGCAUCAUCCCCUGAUUCAUCUAAGAAAUUAUUUCCAUCUUCUCUUGAUGUUUCGUUUCAUUGUUUCGACAAUAAACAUACUGAGUCAAAAUUUAUUAAUACAGUAUCUAGUAAUGAUAAUUCAACUCUAAAAUCUCUUGCUUUUGAUAUUGACUUUGAUUUAUCAGCAAAUUUUGAAAAUUACCCUAAAAAUUUGAAUAAUUUGGAUGGCUGUCCUUUACCAUCAGUAAUUACAAAUCAAGAUCAAAAGCCAGAAAUUGAUUCUAUGUUUGAUAGUGACUCUAAUUCAAUAUUAGAACAAUUAUCUUCAAGUACAAGAAAUAUUCAAGACAAACUAGAAUCUUUAUCUACUUUAUCAUUAAAAGUAAAAGAAGUUGUUCCUGAAAGUAGUUGUAAAUCUUUAAAAGAGCAACUAAACAAAAAACGUAUAAUAGAUGAUGAAAAAAGUAACCUCUUGAAAAAACAUAAGACUGAAACAAAAGAGGAAGGAAAAGUCUAUCCAAUGGCAGGAAAUUUGGUGGGAAACAAUGCAUCAUAUAAUACUUUGACUCAAAGCAAUUCGAAAUUGCAUCUUAAAAAUAUUUUAACUGAUGCUGUACAUAACCAAGGUGAUGAUAAAAGAAAAGAUGAAGAUUGCACUCAGUAUACUUUGACACAAAUGCUUUCAUUGCUUGAUUCUACUGGGAAAAUUGAAGAUAUUCAAGAAACAGAGCUAAAUCACCUUUUUGAAAAAACAGAUGAAGAUCAUACUUUUUGGAAUGAAAGUUCAGAUAGUGAAAUAGAGCCCACACCACCAAAAGAAGACCAUAAAUCACAGUUUACCUAUAGAAACAUGGAUACAAAUCACCAAGUUCUGAAAUGGCCAGUAAAUGCAGUAGAUGGUAAUCAUGAUUUUGAAGGUAAUGACUGCAAAAAAGAUUUAAAUAAUUUUUCUCAUUCACAAUUUUUGCCUUUAGAUGAAAAUAACAAAGAAAAUAAAUCAACCUCAGAAAGAAAGGAUUCUGUUAAAAGUCUCUGUUUUAAUGAACAAAAGACUGAUAGCUUUUCAGAAUUAACAUCCUCUCAGAAAUUAUGUUUUGAUAUAUCCUUUGAUUUACCAAUAACUCAGAACAAUUAUCCUUCAGAAAAUGUACUAGAAAAUUAUAUUUUAAAGGUCCCUGACUUAAAAUUUUCUCAAAAUCUGCAAGAUCACAGUUUUGGCUUUGAUAAUGAUAUGUGGCUAAGAAAUGAAAGUGACAGUCUCUUAUCAAUUGAAAAGAGAAAAGCUGAUAUAUCAAAAAAUGAUCUUGUGUGUGGUUCCAAAAUACAGCAAAUAAACUGCAGUGCAGAUUUAAUCACUGAUGAUCUUGAAUUAAAUCAAUUUUCAGAAAGAGAUAAACACAAGUCUUUAGUUUCCUCUGCAAGUUUAGAGAAUGCCAUUCAGGUAGUUGAGAUACCAAAACAGGGGGAAAAACACAAAAUAUUAUCAAGAAAUAAAUUAAAAAGAACUACAGAAUCAAAAAAUGAAUAUAAAGCAAAUCUGCCCAUAAUUAAUCUAUGUGAUGAUCAAGAUUCAGAUGAAGAUUUUAAAAUAAUGAAACAGGUUCAGACUGGAAAAGAAAAUUUAGUGAGUGAUAAGCAGUGUGACUCUUCUGUCGAAGUACUACAUAGAAAAAAGAAAAGGAAACAGAAAAAUCAUUUUGUGCUUUCUCAGGCUGAUGUAUCUGGUAUUCAUUUAUCUGAUGAUGAUCAUACAGAUGUUGAGACAGAUGGUUUUGAAGAAAGUUUUAUUGAUGACUGUACACUCUUGGAAGAUAACCAAACUGAUCCUCGUGACAUAUAUUUGGAAUCUGUUAAGGACUGUGCAGGUUUACCUCAAAAGUAUAAACUUAAAUUUUCUUCACAUCAUGAUGAUUAUAUUUCCCAGUCACUAGCAAAUGGUUGUUCCACUUAUUUGAUUGAUAGUUUUUGUGUUGAUGAUAAUGAAGUAAGUUUUAUUAGUUCUGAUGAUAAUGUUGAGCAGAAAGGAAGUAAGAGGUGUAAAAAGAAGAAAAAUUCAAAAAGAAAGUUAAGACGUAUAAUUUCUAGGCCUUCUAGUAGUUCAAGUGAAGAAGAAAUUUUUAAUAAAUUAGAUAUUAAAUCUAUGGAACUAAAAUCAAAUAUAUCUAGUAAGGAAAUAUCUGAUAGCUCCAAAGAAUUAGUAAACAAUGAUAUCAAACAUAUCACAAGUGUCUGUGACAGUGAAAAUAAAAAUUUAACUGUAGCAUCUCAUACUAAUAGAAGAGCUGUCUUAAAUGAUUCCGACGUGUCUGAUUUUAUGCUGUCAAAUACAAACAAAGAAGUUAGUGCAAUUAAAUAUGUGAACAAUGCAUCAGAUAAUGGUGUUAAAAAUUCCAAAAUUGAAUCUCAGACUGAUAUAAGACAAAAACUUCCAGGACAAGAACUUGGCAUUUCAUCUGCAAGUGUAGAACGUGAACCUGCUAUUUCUUUUGAUAUUGGGUGGAAUGAAGAUUUUAGUAUACCUUAUUUCACUCAUGCAGAUCCAAAAUCAGAGCCAAAUUUUGUUUCCGUACUGCACAAUGAAAAUAGUAAGUGUUCAAGGAGAAUGUCUAUUUUGGUUGAUUCUAAGGAACUUGCUGGAGGAAAACCACUCAUUUCGGUACUUCGAAAUAAGCAUGAUGUGAAUUGUAUUGUAAUGCAGCUGUCAUUUGCAGAUUAUAUUAUUAGCAAUAAAAUUGUUAUCAAGCGAAUUUUGGAUUCUGAAUUCACAAGUGGUCACGUUCCUCAAAAAAUUGUUGACAGAAUUCGGGCUAUGUGUGACUUGUAUGAAAAUGUGUUUGUAAUAAUUGAAAAGGAUAUUCGUAAACAGAACUUAAGUUUCAAUAAAAACACCACAAAAUAUCUGCAGUUUGCCCUCAGCCUCAACUACAUUCCUUCAAUCAAAAUGCUGUGCUCAAAUUCAGCAGAGCACUCUGCUGAUUUGUUGUUUAGUUUAAUUCAGAUGGAAAAGAAAAGAAACCAACAUAUUGAUAUACCAGUUUCUUUAAAUGACUCUAGUCAAAAAUUAUUCAAUUUCUAUCAAAGUUUUCCUCAUGUUAGUCCAAUAUGUGCUCUCAAUUUUGUUUACCAUUUUCCUAGCAUUAAAUUAUUUGCUGAAAGCUCUGUUGAUCAACUUAAAAAAGUGGGUUGCAUAUCUAGUCGUAAGGCUGUUGCUAUCAAACAGUACUUUAAAAGUGAGAUAUCUUUCCAUCCAGCUUCUUGACAAAAAUGUGAUUUUUUUUUUUUUUUUACCUAAUUAUUUAAUAGUUACCAUAUUUACUUGUGUAUUUUCCCCACUUUUUUUGCUGAUUUUGUGGCGUAAAAAUCGAGAGGAAAAAAUUGCAUGAAUAAUUUGAUUUCUAAAGGAUAUAGUUACAGUAAGAACAUAACUAAUGAAAAGUAUUCAUGGAUAAACUACCAGUAACUAUCACACAUUUAUUUAAAAGAAACCUACAUUUCAAUAGUAAUAUUAACAUUUCAAUAUCAAAUAAGAUAUCUUCAUUUCUACUUCCCUGUAUUCUGAAUCUUGCCUACUCUUUAUUGUUUCCUACCUACUCUUAGGCCUUCAAAUUGUUUAGUGCUGCUGGAACUGCUGUCUUAGUCGUCAGUGAGCUGUCACCAUUGUGAUCAUCUUCAUCACCAUUCAGUCUAGUGAACAUCAGAGCCAUCUAAAGCAUUAGCUAUCACUGUUUUCUUGAAGAUCUUCAUUGUUACUGCUGUAUCAAUCAGAACCUAUGCACCCAAAUUCCAUGAGCAAAUUAAUCAGUAAAACUAAAAAAAGCACCACACUGACUUAACCAAUUUAAAAUUUAGUGUCGCUUUCUAAAUGCCUUAAAGAAGGGGAAAUUACAUGAAUGCUUAAAAAAUGUUCAGAACUUUGUGCUUAAAGCUAAGGGGGGGGAUAUGAGAGUAAAUAUGGUAUCUGUCUGAUGAAUGAAUUAAAAAAUUUUUAUCUGUGAACUCAGUAUUUUUAAUGUGUAUUUUUCAUUAUUUUUCAUAUGAAAAAUAUUUACUGCAUUUCCAAAAUAUUUCACAUAAAUUAAGUAGUGUAAUAAAGUAUUUAUGUUUUUGAAUUGUAUACCUUUUAAAAAAAUAUAUUGGUUUAAUUUUAUUAUUUUCCUAAAUUGUGCUAUGGAAAAUUUUGUUAUAAUUUCCAAGGAUGUAAUUGUAAAUAUACUGUACAUACUGUAUUCAAAAGUUAUAUAUAUUUUUCUAUUUAAAUGCAUAGAAUUCCAAAUAAAU